AUGCUCCCUACCUCCUGACUUGCUGGGCAUCUUUGUCCAUAUGGAGUGUCUGUGGAGUGUGGUCCCUGAGGUUGUGUGGUGAGAAUCUGCCCGCUGACAGCUGAUGGUCUUGGCCAACGGGAUGGACUCCCGAUCAUGUGACUGCAGUAAGAGGCAAUCACCACAUGGUGGUCCGUGGAAAAGAGACCCAUUACACUGGUGGUUAGUGGGAAGAAUACUCCCUACAUUGAUGGUAAGUGGGAAGAAAGUCCCUUACAGUGAUGGUCAGUGGGAAGAAUGCCCCUUACAUUGGUGGUCAUUGGGAAGAAUGUCCCUUACAUUGGUGGUCAUUGGGAAGAAUGUUUCUUACACUGCUGAUCUUUGGGAAGAAUGUCCUUUACAUUGAUGGUCAGUGCGAAGAAUGUCCCUUACUUUGAUGGUUAGUAGGAGAAUGCCCCUUGCAUUAGUCCGUUACAUUGGUUAUCAGUGGGAAGAAAGUACCUUACAUUGAUGGUCAAAGAAAAGAAUGUCCCUUACAUUGGUGAUUAAUGGGAAGAAUGUCCCUUACAUUGGUUAUCAGUGGGAAGAAUGUCCCUUAUAUUGAUGGUCAGUGGGAAGAAUGUCCCUUACAUUGAUGGUCAGUUGGAAGAAUGUCCCUUAUAUUGAUGG